AUGCUCUCACGCUUUCAUGGGGUAUUCGUUUUGUGUAUCGUCACGGUAGCCGGCACGUCGUAUCCGUCGACGGUGGGGCGAUGCGUCGGUGUGCUGCUCACCUUGCCGGCGAUCACGCAUCAAUGGUCAUUCUGGGGACCUCUGCACUUCUGGUCGAGCCGUGCGGCGGAUCGACCUGCGUCCCACGAGCUGCGUCCGGAGCCGCCGGAUAUGACCGGAUUUUCGCCGAGGGUGUUAAACUUCUUCCCCGUUCCGGUCGAGGAGGAGUGCCUGUCCGAGGACAAACGACGUCAAGGGAUAUGCAUGAACACAUACGAGUGCCGUAUCCAGCACGGAGUGUCCCACGGACCGUGCGCGCUCGGAUUCGGUGUGUGCUGCAUAUUCACGGCAAGCUGCGACAAUGAGGUGCAAAAUAAUCUAACCUACGUGACCAGUCCUGGUUUUCCCAACCUCAUCGACCGGCCUAUGAACUGCUCGGUGCUUGUACGGAAGAUCGAUACGGAGGUCAGCCAGCUGAGGAUCGACUUUGUCCAUUUCAACAUUGGUCAACCGAAUGCGAUGACCGGUGUGUGCGACGAGGAUGUCAUGGAGAUUAACAACGGCAGGACGUCCUUCGAAUUGUGCGGGUGGAACAGCGGGCAGCACGUAUACGUGGACGUGAACGAAGGCGACGAGCCGAUCAGCCUGAACUUCCGGCUGCCGGGCGGACUGCAGUCACGAAUGUGGGAGAUGCGCGUGCUGCAGCUGGGUUUCGAGCAGCGUGCACCGGUCGGCUGCCUCCAAUACUUUCGCUCACCGAACGGCACGCUGAGGACAUUCAAUUAUCUGCCGAACGGCAGAUACCUCGCCGAGCACGAUUACUUAUUGUGCGUGCGUCAGGAGCGGGACAUGUGCGGUAUCGCUUAUCAACCGUGCACGCGAGACUCUUUUCGGAUAGGACUCGGCUCGCCGGAAACGUUGAACGCCGCGAACGUGGCCACCGGAAACGCGUCCGCCACGCCUGUCAGCCCGAGCAUCGCCCCCGAAGCUGGAUUCGCGAACAAUUCCGACGCGGACGUCGCCGAGGGUUCGGGCGCGGGAUCGCCCGAGACGGAGACGACGGCCCUCUCCGGCGCUUCGAGCCCGGCCCCGCCGUCGGUCGGCGGCCGGUGUCGCGACAGGAUACUCAUCCCCUGCGACUUCGAGGAGUUCAUCACGCCCGGAAAUAACAUGGCCGGUAUCUGCAAUCUGGAGCAUUGCGGCAAUUCGUUGUGCAGCCGGGACGAGCUCGACGCCGAGGGUAACUGUCGAGUGGAGACUUGGUCGACGCCCUUCCGCAUCAGGGUGGCAUUCGGACCCGGUGGCAACACCGGCAGCGGCACCAUCGAGGACAACGCCGGCAUGUGUCUCAUGUACCAGCAGUUGCCCUGCGUCGCUUGAACGCGCGAUUGUAUCGUGUUCUCUUCGCGAGGCGAGAGACGUCGUAGACGAUCGGACGACGAAGAGGACCCUCCCUGCCGAGAGAUCGGACGAUUCCCCUCUCGCCGGUCGCGUUGGGUACCGUUUUUCAGAAAUUAUCGCGCGCGAGACACACAUCCAUCGCAUUACGGCUUCGCGUAUCUCUCAUGUUUCGCGAUUCUGCAUCUGGUAGCGUCUGGUGAGAAAGCGAUUUGGAUUUGAAGAAAUGAAUGUAAAACAAUACGUAGAGACGGAUAAGGUGGGAUACUCCGGGGCAUCGCGCGAGAAUCGAUUAACAACGCUACGAGAGUCCGAGUCGUACAAAUAGUUUUUUUCUUCGCAAAUUAUCAUCGCGCGAAAUCGAGGCUGAAUGUAUUCAUCUCGUUAUGGCUUCAAUAUAUUCCGCAAUUCUCUCUGCGUCUACAAGCUCUCGCGUGAGGAAGCAAUAUAGAUUUAUGAGAAAUUGUUAUAAGACAAUACGUGCACGGAAGAAAAAAGAAUUCUAGAUUCAAGUGUAAAUAAUUACUCCAAUGUUUCUUAAGAAAUUUUUACUUGAUCACACGUGUAAGUAAUAUUUGCUCGAUCCAGAUAAAAUAUUUUCCAAAUGAAGUAUUUACUUGAUCAAAAUUAAAUUUCCUCAAUCCAAGUAAAGAUUUGUUAAAGAGAAAAUUGUAAUAAUUAUUUAUAUACUUGAAUCCAGCACUUCUUUUUUCUGCACAGAGACGAGUGGGAUGGGGGAUAUUUUGGGGUAUCGCGCGAGAAUCAAUUAACAACGCGACGAGUCAAAGAGUCAAAUAGUUUUUUUUUAUUUACAAAUGAACUAGCUUAUAUAUAUAAAUCGUAAACGCAGCGCACAACUCUCGAUACAGUGAUAGAUAUAUAAUUCGCCUUUGUGUCCCGCUUCUUGUAUUUUUCUUGUAUUUAUUUCUUAAUUUUAUAUUUUUUUUCUUAAUUCUUCUGGUCGAUUACUCGUCACGAUCAUCGGCUACGAUACGCAGUGUAGUUUAAUCACGGGGCAUCAUCAUCGGUUUUCUCCGUCGAAAUCCCUCAAACGUGAGAUCAGCGGCGAUACGUUUAUCUAAUAAUAUGUAUAAUACGUAACGGUGGCUUUCGCUGCGGAAGGCGCCGACGACAAUCACGGCAAUCGUAGCGAUAACGAUAUAUAAUGACGUUAUAAGAAUAAAUUAUAAUAAUAUGUUAAUGCAAUAAUAUGUCGACGAUGACAACAUCAUUUUGAAUUGCUCUCCUAGAAGAAAGUCCGCACUCUCGUCGUCGUCGUCUCGUACGAGUCAAGAUACUCGCGGUUAGUCUUGCUUUUGUCUCAUUCAGCUUCUCGUACGUAUCUAUAUGCGUGUCGUGUGAUAUACAAUGAAAUAAUCAUAGUUACGAUAACGAUACGAAUAUAAUUCGCAAUGAUAACAAUAACAACGAGAUUUUCGCGGCGAUAAAUUCGGAGACAAUUCAAUGUACCGCAAUGCGGUAAGCGGCGGUUUAUUUCUCGAUGUCGUCGUCGUCGGCGGCAACGUCGCUGUUUUCUCGUACAAUUCGAAAAUCAUACUAUCUACGAAGUCAAAAGGACCGUUAAGUAGCGUAAGAGAGGGCGGUUAUGAUCGCGACGAACGUGUAGAUGCGAUUGUAUGAUUGCGCGUGUCUCUGUGUACGGUCACUUGGUGCGGCACACGUUUCUGCCCUAAUACUUUACCGAUGCAACUUCGGAUGUCCGCGGGCUGUUCAAUCCGCAGUCCCGAGGCCACAUAUCCCCCCCC